UUUAUUCCACUGGGAUAGAAGCGGUAGGAUAGCAGCAUUGGCACGGCGAACCAUGGCUGGGAUUUUGUAUUUCGUCUUCUUUUCGUUUCUCUUUGGGAUUUGCGACGCUGUCACCGGUUCUAGGGUGUACCCGGCGAAUGAAGUUACUUUAUUGGAUUCCAGAUCUGUUCAGGGAGAACUUGGGUGGAUCGCAAGCCCUCUGGAAGGAGGGUGGGAGGAAGUGAGCAUUAUGGAUGAAAAAAAUACGCCAAUCCGAACCUACCAAGUGUGCAAUGUGAUGGAGCCCAGUCAGAAUAACUGGCUGCGAACUGACUGGAUCACCCGAGAAGGGGCUCAGAGGGUGUACAUUGAGAUCAAGUUCACCUUGCGGGACUGCAACAGUCUCCCAGGGGUCAUGGGGACUUGCAAGGAGACGUUUAACCUGUACUACUAUGAGUCGGACAACGACAAGGAGCGUUUCAUCAGAGAGAGUCAGUUUGGUAAGAUUGACACCAUCGCUGCUGAUGAGAGCUUCACCCAAGUGGACAUUGGCGACAGGAUCAUGAAGCUCAACACUGAGAUCCGGGAUGUUGGGCCACUGAGCAAAAAGGGGUUUUACCUGGCUUUUCAGGACGUGGGUGCUUGCAUCGCUCUGGUGUCCGUCCGCGUGUUCUAUAAGAAAUGUCCUCUCACCGUCCGCAACCUGGCCCAGUUUCCAGACACCAUCACAGGGGCUGAUACCUCCUCCCUGGUGGAAGUUCGAGGCUCUUGUGUCAACAACUCGGAAGAGAAGGAUGUGCCAAAAAUGUACUGCGGGGCAGAUGGCGAGUGGCUGGUCCCCAUUGGCAACUGCCUCUGCAAUGCUGGCCAUGAGGAGCAGAACGGAGAAUGCCAAGCUUGCAAAAUUGGAUAUUACAAGGCUCUCUCCACGGAUGCCACCUGUGCCAAGUGUCCACCCCACAGCUACUCUGUCUGGGAAGGAGCCACCUCGUGCACCUGCGACCGAGGCUUUUUCAGGGCUGACAACGAUGCUGCCUCCAUGCCCUGCACCCGCCCACCGUCUGCUCCCCUCAACUUGAUUUCAAAUGUCAACGAGACAUCAGUAAACUUGGAAUGGAGCAGUCCCCAGAGCACAGGUGGCCGCCAGGACAUUUCGUACAACGUGGUCUGCAAGAAGUGUGGAGCUGGUGACCCCAGCAAGUGCCGACCCUGCGGAAGUGGGGUGCACUACACCCCGCAGCAGAAUGGCCUGAGAACAACGAAAGUCUCCAUCACCGACCUCCUUGCACACACCAACUACACCUUUGAGAUCUGGGCCGUGAAUGGAGUCUCCAAGUAUAAUCCUAGCCCAGACCAAUCAGUAUCCGUCACUGUCACAACCAACCAAGCAGCACCAUCAUCAAUUGCUUUGGUCCAGGCUAAAGAAGUCACAAGAUACAGUGUGGCUCUGGCUUGGUUGGAACCAGAUCGACCCAAUGGGGUAAUCCUGGAGUAUGAAGUCAAGUAUUAUGAGAAGGAUCAGAAUGAACGAAGCUACCGCAUAGUCCGGACAGCUGCCAGGAACACAGACAUCAAGGGUCUGAACCCUCUGACUUCCUAUGUUUUCCAUGUACGAGCCCGGACAGCAGCUGGCUAUGGCGACUUCAGUGAGCCCUUGGAGGUCACAACCAACACAGUGCCUUCCAGGAUCAUUGGAGAUGGGGCUAACUCCACUGUCCUCCUGGUGUCCGUCUCAGGCAGUGUGGUGCUAGUGGUCAUUCUCAUUGCAGCUUUUGUCAUCAGCAGGAGACGGAGUAAAUAUAGUAAAGCAAAACAAGAAGCAGAUGAAGAGAAACAUUUGAAUCAAGGUGUCAGAACUUAUGUGGAUCCUUUUACAUAUGAAGAUCCUAAUCAGGCAGUUCGAGAAUUUGCCAAGGAAAUCGAUGCUUCUUGCAUUAAGAUCGAAAAAGUCAUAGGAGUUGGUGAAUUUGGUGAAGUCUGCAGCGGGCGUCUCAAAGUGCCUGGCAAGAGAGAAAUAUGCGUGGCCAUCAAGACCCUUAAAGCUGGUUAUACAGACAAACAGAGGAGAGACUUCCUCAGUGAGGCCAGCAUCAUGGGACAGUUUGAUCACCCAAACAUAAUUCACCUGGAAGGCGUCGUCACCAAAUGUAAACCAGUAAUGAUCAUAACAGAGUACAUGGAAAAUGGUUCUUUGGAUGCCUUCCUCAGGAAGAAUGAUGGUAGAUUUACAAUCAUUCAGCUAGUGGGCAUGCUUCGUGGAAUCGGGUCCGGAAUGAAGUACCUCUCGGACAUGAGCUAUGUGCACCGUGACCUGGCGGCACGCAACAUCUUGGUGAAUAGCAAUCUGGUCUGCAAAGUGUCUGACUUUGGCAUGUCCCGGGUGCUGGAGGACGACCCCGAAGCAGCUUACACCACCAGGGGUGGCAAGAUUCCUAUCCGGUGGACUGCGCCAGAAGCAAUUGCCUAUCGUAAAUUCACAUCCGCAAGUGAUGUAUGGAGCUAUGGAAUCGUUAUGUGGGAAGUGAUGUCGUACGGAGAGAGACCCUACUGGGAUAUGUCCAAUCAAGACGUGAUUAAAGCCAUCGAGGAGGGCUAUCGGCUACCCCCGCCCAUGGACUGUCCCAUUGCACUCCACCAGCUGAUGCUGGACUGCUGGCAGAAGGAGAGAAGUGAUAGGCCGAAAUUUGGGCAGAUUGUCAACAUGUUGGACAAACUCAUCCGCAACCCCAACAGCUUGAAGAGGACAGGGACAGAGAGCUCCAGACCUAACACUGCCUUGUUGGACCCCAGCUCCCCGGAAUUCUCGGCAGUCGUUUCAGUAGGUGACUGGCUCCAGGCCAUUAAAAUGGACCGGUACAAGGAUAACUUCACAGCUGCCGGGUAUACCACGCUAGAGGCUGUGGUGCACAUGAACCAGGAUGACCUGGCCAGAAUCGGUAUCACGGCCAUCACGCACCAGAAUAAGAUUUUGAGCAGCGUCCAGGCAAUGCGAACCCAGGUGCAGCAGAUGCACGGCAGGAUGGUUCCUGUCUGAGCCAGUACUGAAUAAACUCAGAACUCUUGAAAUUAGUUUACCUCAUCCAUGCACUUUAAUUGAAGAACUGCACUUUUUUUACUUCGUCUUCGCCCUCUGAAAUUAAAGGAAAAAGUAUCUGCAGCAUUGCUUGGUGUCCGGAUCGCCGGGACCAUGGGGCUUUCCAGAAGCGACAGCUGGUCAUUGGGAUGAGACCCGGAACAAAUGGUUUCUCAGAAGUACCUAUGUCCAUUGCAGUCUGUAAAAUACAUGUAUCUAUAUAAAUAAAACUCUGCCUCUGAAUUUUGAUGCUGUAUUUGCUGCCGGACACUGAGCUUCUCAGAGGACCUCUGAUCCGUCCUCGAUUUGGAAUUACAACCCUAGUGUUUUGUUUGUGGCAUAGAUUACAGUCAUCUCCCUUCACUGCAGUGAAGACCGUGCCCAGGAACAGUUGUGAAGGGCUCCGCUGUUGCCUUCAGGGCCUGGUUCAUAACAAGGAAGCAAAGAUAGUGGGGGGAAAUAACCAUGUGGCCCCUGCGUGUUGCUUCUUUGAGCCCCAGUCACCUAAUGGAUUCUACCAACGUUGUGGGGCUGGAAAGCAAAGGAAAGAGGAUGGAGAAUAAUGUAGAACCCAAACCCCACAACCCCCACCUGGGAAAGGGAAGUCUGUUUCUUCAGGCCUGAGGCUGUGCCAUAUGAAGUCUUAUUUGUGGACCCUACAAACUUGUCAUAACUACCUUCUGGACAGUGGGCUGUGACAAUCUGGAAUAGGAAACUUUCAUACUGCCCUCCUUUUAAAGACGCAGCUCCAAGUCUAUAAGGGAGUAAAUUCUGCUAUCUCAGCCUCACAGCCUUCCUGUCGACUACAAAGCCCUUGGAGGAAAACAGAACACACCCUCCUCAGUUCCUUCCAAGUGUGUUUCUUCUGCUUCUGUGACACACCAGCUGGGGCAGAGACACAGAUGAAGUGGCACCUGUACCUGAAAAGGAGAGACGGCGUGCUUGUAGAACCCCACUUCCCAGGGAAACCCACAGAACUAAAGCUCAGCACCUGCUCUCCAGUUGCACGGAGGAAUGCACUGUCUCCCGGCACCAGCUCUGCAGAGCCCUUGCUCCCAAAUUCCUCGUGGUUUUAUUUAUAUGUAUUUCCAUGUUUCAUCCCUGUAUGUCACUGCUGCAUUGGUGUGGCAGCAAGUGACCAGAGGCAACAGGUUUUCCUAUGGACACCAGUUCAGGUGCCACCACACAGAACAAAGCCAGUUCUCAUGAGCUGCCUACGAUAUGCAUUGCUGAAGUAACAUUUUACCCAGGGUGUGCCAUUGCAGUGAUAUAAAUAUAUUUUUUCCUAGACUAAAUAUGAGCUGAUGUGUGUAUAUCUCUUUUGAUGUGUGUACAUAGGUGUGAGUGUGUGUGCGUGUGUGUGCGUAGGUGUGUGUACGCGUGUAACCUCAUGCUUCAGACUGCCUGUGAAUGUUGUGGAAUGCUACAGCGAAAAAGUCCUGGUUUCGUGCCAGUUCAAGAUGAGAACCCUAUGAUACGGUGGGCUUGGAGACCAUGCCUGUCCCCUUGGAAAGGACUUGGAGAUGUCAAAUGUCCUAUAUCUAUAAGUGUGUUUUUUGUAGCUGUCACUCUCACCUUAAAGAGUUAAUUCUGCAGCUUCGGACAGAGGCGUUUUCAUCUUAAUGGUGGAAUAUGCUUAGAAUAUACACCCAUUCAGGUGACAGCCCUUCAUCAGGAUCAGAAAUUCUGAUUGCAUCCACCCAGCUCACCAAUUCCCUCUUGGAGAGAGGAAGGGGGAUGGAAUCCAUCUGGUAACCACAAGGGGAGUACAAGUAGCCUUUGUUUCCCUGCAUAAAUGGAACUUGUUGAAUGCGAACAAAUAUAUGCAAUUCCUAUACUUUUGGAAAUGAACGUGGAAAUGUGUGUCGGCCUUGAGAUGAUGUGUCCGGAUGAAUACUUUGUCUCCCAGCGUCACAGAAAAAUACAUGCCAGUGACUCUUGAGAUUAAUGCAGUUGGGAUGGAACAGUCUCAAGCAAUUUCAGGUUCCCAAAUUACAUGGAAAAUGCUCUAGUCAUGAAUAUGCAGCUCACUCCUCUUGCCCUCAAGGUAUAUCAGUUUUCUAGAGUCUGAGUUCUGGUGUGUGCAGAUCCAGUACCGAUGCGAUGAUACCAAACUCCAGCCAACUUACUGCCGUUUUCCAUAGUCUGAGUGGCUGCCUUGCUCCCUCUAAGCUGUGGUUGCAGGAACUGUGGCCGUUUGUAUAAGCUAUAACAUCAAAUCAGGGAAAAAUGGAGGAAAAAGAUUCUGAACCAUAUUAACGUUAUUGAAUAAGUAGAGAAAAAUCAUCAAUAAAUAUUUAUUGCAUUCUGACAGGGUGUGUGGCAUUGUAUUCUUAUAGCUAUGCCAGAGUGACAAAGUUAAUUCACCCCUUUUGGGGGACCUUAAUAUAUUUUUAAAGGGAUGUGCCUAUGCGUUGAUGCCUGAAAACUCUGUAUAAAAAUGAGAUUGAAUCUCUGAGCAUGUCAUCUUCCCCAGAGGAAAGGGUAAGAGGCCAACUUCCUAGUCUGUGUCUUGCCGGGGAGCAAGCGCUGACUUAGUGAGCUUGGAUGCUCACAUCAUGCUCAGAUCUUCUAUUAAGCAGCAGGAAGCUGUUCCCUAGCACCAAAUCAAGUAGCUUCACCAUGUGUCUGCAGGCUCCAACUUAUUUUUAGCAAUCUUCUAAAUGAAAUGUUCUGGUGUGUUUAAAAAGUUACUUUCAAGAGAGGUUGUUCUCACGACACUGCUAGCGUGUGUGUUCUGAGACUCAGUAUCCAAUCUGUGAAGGAUAUGUGUAUUAAUCCAAACACUUGUAUAGCCUCAGUAUUUGUCUAAAGACACUCCUGACCAAUAAAGGAAAGUUCUAGAAGCAAUAUUUUCACUUCCUUAGCAUUGUCCAAACAACAUCAAGCAUUGAUACACACUGAAGAGCGCAUUUAUUUUUUGUAUCACUCCAAGUAUGUUGGAAUAUGCAAGGACUGUGUUUAAAAUUAGAAUGUAUAAGGCAUAUUAUAAUUUAGAUCAUACUGAAAAAGAAAUUAACAGAACAUUGCUUGGUUCAUACAUGUUCCAGAAUUUGAGCAAUCUUUUGAGUUAGACAUAGAUUUUUCUAUUUUGUUUGAAUUUGUCAAGGUAUUUUUCUUUCCUUCAUGAACUUUAGGUACACAUAACUUAUGUCAUUUAUUUAUGGUCUUUUAUACCUAGUUUGUAAAAUUGUAAAAUAGCAAACCAAAUGCAAAGAGUUUGCAUUUGAAAAUA